CAUACACCUGUCUUAUGAUAAUAGGUCUUUCUUCGACCUCUCAACUUCUCAACUUCAUUUUGAGUCUAAUUCGAAGACGCAUUGGAAUUACCUAACCCACUCUGGCCUUGACAACUAAGCCCUACCUUUAUCAAACAGGCCAUACCCUGGCCGUUUCGUUUCAAAUAUCCUUGUCCUCUAGGCUCUGAGUCUCUUGAGUCAAUGAGGCGAGCACGAGUCAGUUCCUGAUACCGACCCAUCUCUUGCGUCUUUGCAGUGAACAAGAAAACCUUCGAAGACGACUGAAAAUGGUUAAAUGCUUAUAAUAUGAACUUAUUCACAAAGCUCUAGACCGACGACCGAAUGCACCAUGCCCAUGUUUCAAAUAGAUCCAGAGCGGAGGGAGUCCGCUGAGCAGCCAACUUCACCUACGUCACUCACAAUGGCGUCACAACCUGCCCAAAACCAAGAUGAUAACACAUUACGAAGAAAACAAUCGGAGGAGAGCAUCAGCACGGAAUUGUGCGAAGGUCCGAUCCCAGAUAACCCAGCACCACAAACACCAGAACGAAAUCUCUCGACCGAAUGCUCUGAUCGAUCUGAACUCAUCGAGCGGCUAAAGAGAGGCGAGAGUCCGACUUGGAAACCGAAUCGACAUUUCGAAUCAAUUUGGGGUCAACAACCUGUCUCUCCCACUCGCAGUCCGAAACGUUCGAAUGCAGGUUCACCAACUCUACUCCCUCCAGCUACGAUAACCCCAGAGAAGAGGAAAAGUCCCGAUUCCGAUAGCGAGAGAAGACAAGAGGGAUUGAGCAUUGAACGCCCACGUUCAGCUCUCCAUAGCGGCGACUUCACACAAGAUGAGAUAUCUCGAGAUGCUGGUCCCGUACAAGAUAAUCAGCAAGCUCCAAAAAGGCAAGAUUUUGAUGGUGCUAGUGAUUCAUGGCUUGCUACUUCGCCUCCGAGGGAUUUUAAUCCCUUUCAGUUUGAGAGGCGGGAGAUUUCAGCAAGAAGACCGGACCAGGCAACUGGUAUUUCUUCAUUGUCAUCCUCUAUCUCUUCAAGCUUCAUCUAUAAGCCACCUACUAGUCCACUAGUCCAGUCAGAGAGUAAUGACGAUAUUGAUCUGACCUCUCCUAUGGAUGGUAUCAAUAUCAGUUCAAGCCUCCCUAGAAAUCCACGUCGUCACACCUUCAUGUCACCGCAUUCAACCUCGUAUGGUAUGCCUCAAAGCCCAUCACCAAUACAACCAUCGUAUCUACGUCAAGAGAGACACUUUCCAUACCAGGCACACCAGCCACGACGCUCUCUAGCCUCCACUCCUAUUUUCCCAACAACUUCAUCUUCUCCGCAUACCCCUGCGCUUUUACGGUCUAGGCGUCCGUCAUACAGCUCAGACGUCUCGCCGAUUCAGCAUGCAUCCAUGGUAGGGUCAUACGAGGAAAGCAUCUUACGUGGACGAAUGUCGACAACUCCCUCGAAACCACUUGAUUUCUUAGCUCAGAUUGGUGUCCUUGGGCUAGGUAAGUGCAAAUCAAGCCUACGGUGCCCUGCUCACGUGACAUUGCCGUUUCCUGCUGUAUUCUAUAGUUAUGGUAGCUCUCACGGGCAUUCCAAAGUAGAAGAUGGGCCUAGUCCGUACGUUGGACAAAUAGACUUGGAGAACGGACUUCCAAACCAGGAAGAUGAAGUUAGAUCAAGACGAAAGAUCCAAAGCCGCGCUCAGGAACGGCUGUCAACAGAAGAUGAUGGAACGGAGACGAAUCGUCGCCCUGUAGAACCGUCGGAACGUGACAUUCGCAAAGCUCAACGACCCAAACGUAGGUCGACGUCUCCUCGAGCACCCCCUGGCGGGAGUUACCGUAUUGCCGAGAAGGGUCAAAUCCAGAUCAUUAUCAAGAACCCCAAUAAGACAGCAGUCAAACUAUUCUUGGUUCCAUACGAUCUAGCGGGAAUGGAGCCUGGAACGAAGACAUUUAUCCGGCAACGAAGCUACUCGGCUGGGCCGAUCAUUGAGAACAUGCCUCUGAAGGAUAGUGGGACGGGGGAUCGCCCAAUUCUCAGAUAUCUUGUCCAUCUACACAUAUGUUGUCCUUCUAGAGGCCGGUAUUAUCUUUACAAGAGCAUUAGGGUUGUAUUCGCAAACCGCGUACCUGAUGGGAAAGAGAGACUUCGCAACGAGAUUACUUUGCCCGAGCCAAGAUUUACUAGUUACAAGCCGAUUAGAGUGAUGCAUCCUCCUAUCUCAGGGGGUACUGGUCCCGGCGCCAGCCUGGCUGCUGACAAGGCGUUCCGACGACGCAGCUCUGGGUUCUACUUCGGCGGUCCAAAUCAACAUGUCUAUGAUGCAGCUCACGGACUUCACACGACAAAUGUAUCAUAUCAGUCUUAUACAUCUGAUUUCGGCGGACUCGAUACUCCGAUUGAGCCCGUUCCACUCAUACAGAAUGAAACAAGGAACACGAUAGAUGAGGGCAGUAAUUUAGGGUUUUCUGAUCCCCAGUCACCAAAUUCGUCCCAAACUAGUCGACCGAAUACACAGAAUUCGAACGAUGUAUCCAGCUGGGACAGUUUGGACGGCCAAAUCAGCAGAUACGACAAACUUAAUAAGGGGGAUGUAGGUUAUGGAGGCAACGCAUUUGCCCGAUUGAUAAACGGGAACACCGGCGCUGCGGAGAGUCUUUUGUCGCAGAGAUUGCGAUCACUUGGGGUGGAAGGUCGGGAUAUGGCAAGCCAUGAAUCCGACACAAUGCAGGAGUAGGACUCCAAUUUUUCUCAACUUCAUAUUCCGACGUUAGGCGCUUGGGCGCCGAUCGUCCUUAGGGUCUCAUUUAUUGGCUUCUGGGUCGGGUUAGCGAGGUUUUGUAACAGGGAUACUCCGGCGCCGUUGACGACGUGGCGGCUCUUUGCUUAUUCGGUUGAGAGGAGAGGAGAUUAAACUUCUCAUAAUAGAUUUGGCUAUUGUCCGUACAGGAUAUUGAAACAACUAUUUCAGAAAUCUGUUGAAAUCGGGAUUUACGUGCUUUGAGCUGAAUAUUUGAUGGGUUCCGAUUCUAGAUUCAUAGAACCUUUUAGAUCGCUUUCUUGCCCCUUUCCCUCUUUGUAUAAUAUCCAGGUACAUUGGUGGGUGAUUGCCAAGGCGAUCAGCUAAUGAGCAGAGCAGAAUUUGAUUCGAUCUCAACGUUUAGUUCAUUUCAUACUAGUAGGUGGCAAGCUGAGACUCACUACAGUAUGAAUAAUAGGUGAAGCUCUACUCAACAACCCUAUUGGGACUCAUGAGCACAUAUUCUAUUCAAACCAAACAUUUUAAUACACAGCAAGCUUCUUCAUACCUUCAUUUUGAACGUAGACCUG